GUUAACAGAACCUAGAGAAAGACAAGACCUCAUGACGAUGGACAGGACCUCAUGUGACCGGACCUGGUGUCAAUCGUAAGCGAAUGACAGAGCCUGCCUCAGAAGGAAUCUCCAUUUUCUUGAAUAGGAAAAAGAUAAAAUUAAAUCCAUGCAGGUGCUUGUGGGAGAGGUGUUGUGGCACCAGCGAGCUGAGCAGUUCUUUCUCGAUGUCGCUGCUGAUGGGUAUGUGGUGGCCUCUUGCGCUGAGGUCAAUGAAGCAGAGGCGACUGAGCUGAAGCGGCAAUCUGAACUAGGGGCUUGGCACGUUUGCAGUGUGAAUGACUGCCUAGCUGAAUGCGUUGCCGCUGGCUGCAGCUGUAGCCGCUCUGUGAAUCCAGUUGCACGUGACGCGUUUCUCAGGACGACAGCUGAGCGUAUCAUCAAGCACACCGCGGAACAUGCUGAGGUCUGCUAUACAUCACUUGGGAGUGGCUUGCUGCGCUUCGAUUUCAGCCUACUUGAGAUGCUACUGUCGAGAGGAGUGCCAGUGACGUCAGUGCACUUGGUGGACUCGCAAUACGAACCCGAUGCUCAGGGAUACAUGAGGCACCGAGUUGCAUUGGCCCAAUUUGCAUCUUGGUUUACACUGCGAGGAGUGGAGGUCUAUGUGCACUACUCCCUGGAGAGGUAUGCCUUCGAAGCAAGAAGAACUUCUGCAUUGCCGGCAAUAGUGAUGCAAGUGGAUUGCUUCGAACUCACAGCCGCCUUUGACAAAGAGGUGAAGCCAGCUCUGGAGGAGGUUCUUCAAAUAGAUGGCCUUUACUGUGCCCUGACGUCGAGAGAGGGUGCUAGUGGAGCUGGGUCGAUGGGCUCUACCUGCGCCUGGGCAGAGUUCUGGCGACUGGUCCCUGAAACUGGUCGGAUGAAGAUGGAGACCUUGACCUGUUUCAGGCCCGGUGACACCAGUGGCAUUAAUGUUGAUGUCAACAAGCCUUUGCCUCGCGUAGCAGGGCACUGACAAGGGCGCAAAAGGUGGUCAGAGAGUUGUCUUCAUUACGAGCCAUCAUGAUUGAUUGGUAGAAUCUUGUUGAAGCUUGCGUAGUGGCGCAGCCAAGCCAAGCCAUGCCAUUUAGAGUCUAUGCGUCACUGUCGGUUUUGCUCAAAGUUUAUUUGGGUAGCGGCUAGU